AUGUCUGGUGACGGGGUAGGACGUGUCAGUAGCCGCAGGAGCGAUCCCGCGGUGGUCGGACUGAUCUCCCCGGUGUCUUCUCCGGAGUCUGCGGACCCGGGGCCCCGGUGGCGCCGCUCCGACCUGAAUCCCUUACGUCGCGGCUGGCUUUUGGGUUCACUUCUUGUCCCCAGCCCCUUAACGCUCCUUGGUGUCUGUGCUAGCAGCUGCCUCUGUCGCUCUGGGCUCUGCACUGGUCGUGGGAGUCCUGGGAAGGACGUGGGGCACACAGAAAAUGGAGAAAUGGAAGAAGGAAUGAUGCCUCACUAUGGAAGGUCCGAGGUCUGUCCUUGCAAAACAAAACCACAAGAAACCGGAUCAAAGCAGACAGGCCCAAGAUGGCUGACAGGCUAGGCCAGAGUUCACCAUGUUAUUCCUUCAUUGUACUCCAUGACCACGCUAAACACUUUUCCCUAAGGGUGCCAUGACAGGAAACCUCGGACCAUAAGGAAGAAAAUGUGUAACCCACAUUCCUGGAAGACACCACCCAGCUUUCAAGGAAAUGCCUGCCAGAGUAAUGAAUGUUCCACCACCUUGUUAACAAGUGUCAAUAAAAGAUAGAAACC